UGUACUACUGCAGGUACAUGUGGUGAUCGAUGAUGGGGUCUGCUCCUAAUUCAGUAGUUGAGGGGGAAGAAGAAGAAGAAGCCCUAGAGCCAGGGACGAUGCGAUUCAGGAAACAGCUUGCUGCUGCCGUGAGGAGCAUCAGUUGGAGUUACGCCAUCUUUUGGUCCAUUUCAACGUCUCGUCCAGGGGUUCUGACAUGGAAUGACGGGUUCUACAACGGCGAGACGAAGACGAGGAAGAUAACAAGGUCAACGAUGGAGCUCACGGCUGAGCAGCUCGUCCUGCAAAGGAGCGAGCAACUGAGAGAACUGUACAACGCUCUCCUCUCCGGCGACGGCGGCCGUGGCCGUGGGAGGAGGCCCAUCACCGCCUUGUCACCGGAGGAUCUCGGGGACGUCGAAUGGUACUACGUCAUCUGCAUGACGUACGCCUUCAGGCCUGGACAAUGUUUGCCAGGUAAAAGCUUUGCAAGCAAUGGAUGUGCCUGGCUGUGCAACGCUCAGUGUGCUGACAGCAAAACCUUCCCACGCAAACUCUUAGCAAAGAGCGCUUCUAUUCAGACAAUUGUCUGCAUUCCAUUCAUGAAUGGCGUUCUUGAGCUUGGGACCACUGAUCCAGUGUCGGAGGAACCAAACGUGGUGAACAGAAUCGCCACAUCUUUCUGGGAGCUUCAGCUUCCGGCAACCUCGUCGGACGCCAGCGCCGUACUGUUCGACGACCUCGUCCACAGCGCCGUCCUCGAAGAUAUGCUCCCAGGCCCAGCGACAGCAGCAGAGAUCGGCGACGGCGCCGCCGCCGACCUCGAGCAAACCGCCAUGGAGAUCGACGAGAUGAUCUACAGCCUGAUCGGCGACUGCCAGGAGGACGGCCUGGACGACGCCGACAUCUUCGUCGUGCCCUCGCUCGUCGAGGACGACAACAACGGCGGCGGCGGCGGCGGCUGGCUCCUGCGCCGCGUUGCUGCCUCUCCCGCGUCGUGCUUCGUGGCUUGGAAGAGAACGGGCUCGGACGAGGAGGAGGCGGCGGUGGUCGCCGGGGAGUCGCCGGGACAGAAGUUGCUGAAGAAAGCCGUGGGCGGCGGCGCGUGGAUGAAGAACAAUGGCCGUGGCCCAGGUAAUAGCAUGAAGAACCAUGUCGUGUCGGAGAGAAGGCGGCGGGAGAAGCUCAACGAGAUGUUCCUCAUUCUCAAAUCACUCAUCCCGUCCAUCAACAAGGUGGACAAGGCAUCCAUCCUUGCGGAGACGAUAGCCUACCUCAAGGAGCUGGAGAGGAGGGUGCAGGAGCUCGAGUCCAGCAGACAAGGCGUGCCCCGAGACGAACCUGACAUCGCCGGGAACAAGAAGCAGGCCUCUGCAGGGGCCAAGGCCAAGAGGAAGAAGCCGCCGUCUUCAGAGGUCGCCGGCGCCGGCGGCGGAGCAGCGAGAGAGCACCACCACCACAGCUGGGUGGUGCACUCCGAGGAGGAGGAGGAGGGGGCGGCGACCGCGAGCGACGUGCAUGUGAUGAUCGUGACGGAGAAGGAGCAGCUGCAGGUGGAGGUGCGGUGCCGGUGGAAGGAGCUGGUGAUGACGCGGGUCUUCGACGCCAUCAAGAGCCUCCGCCUCGACGUCCUCUCGGUGCAGGCCUCCGCGCCGGACGGUCUCCUUCGACUCAACAUACGAGCCAAGUAUGCCAGUUCUGCAGCCGUGCCGCCUGGGGUGAUCAGCGAAGCUCUCCGGACAGCCGUAGGCAACUAG